AUGCCCUACUACGAAGUCAGCCACUCCUACCCCCUAACCGGUGCCCAGAAGCAAGAUCUGGCCCGCGCCCUCACCCACAGCCACAUCAAGGCCUUCAACACGCCGUCCAUGUUCGUCAACGUGCGCUUCAUCAAGGAGGACCCCUCGCAGGAGAACAUCUUCGUCGGCGGCGAGCUCGAGAACAAGACGUACAACGGCAUCGUCGGGUACGUGCGCACCUCUGCGGCGCGGACCAAGGCCGACUUUGACCGGCUCGCCGCGGAGUUUGAGGAGGCGUGGUACGCCGUCGUCGGCAGCGGGACGGCCGACAAGGGCAAGCACCCGUACCUGACGCAGGAUGCCGAGGUCAGGCUGCACGUCAUCGGGCUGCUGCCGAUCGUGACGGCGCGCGAGGCCGGCUUCGACAUCCCCGUGGCGGGCGAGGAGGCGCCGUGGGUGCGCGAGAAGCUCCCGGCGUUCAAGGAGCUGGCCGAGGACGGACACCCGGGGUUUGUGAAGCUGCUGUCCGAGGUCAAGGCGGUGACGGGCGGUGCAAGCGUUUGA